CUGUCUCAGUCGCCUUCGCUUCGCUCACCUGCAGCCCCGUGAGCAUGGAGAUGUCGAUCAAAGCCACCAAGAUGUUAGCUGAGGUGACUCCGCCCUGCGACGACCGCAUGGACGAGUUCAGCAGGAGGUUGAACGAGAUCAUCGGCAGCGACGCUCAGGUGGAGGUGAAUGCACACGAUGACAUCACUGCGAGCGUCCAGUCAGAGGUUCAUUGCGUUGCAGACAGUCUGAGCGCUUUGUCAUCUCCUGAGGAAAAACUUGAUCACUUGAUGUGGAAACACGCUGAGCUGAUGUUGCGUGAGCAGGGCGAGCAACGGAUGCUUCAGGAUCUCCGUGACAACAUUUGCGUCCUGCAGGCCGAGCGAAGCAAAUUGGGAAGUUUGUGCAGAGAUGUCCAAGAUCACUACUACACACUGCGGGAGGAGGCGCUGCGCCGCUGCCGGGAGGACGAGGAGAAGCGGUCGGAGAUGGCGGCUCACUUCCAGACGUCGCUGGCGGAAAUCCAGACGCAGAUCGAGCAGCACAGCGCCAGAAAUGAAAAACUUUGCGAGGACAACGCCAAGCUGAGCGAAAAACUGCACUCGCUGCUGGAACAGUGCGAGCGCAGAGAGGAGAGUUUGGAGAAGGUCAACCAUCACCGCGACCUCCAACAACAGCUAACCUCUGCGAAGCUGGAUCAGGCCAACGCACUCCUGGCGGACGCGCAGCAGAAGCACCAACGCGAGAAAGAAUACCUGCUGGCCGAGGCGCUGGACAAAACCCGGAAGUGCUUCGCCAUGAAGGAGGAGGAGCUGAGCAUGAAGAAGAAGUUGGCGCUCUACUCCAAAAAGUUUGAUGAGUUCCAGACGACAUUAGCCAAGAGCAACGAAAUCUACGCUCGUUUCAAGAACGAGAUGGAAAACAUGUCUGAGAAGAUGAAGAAGUUGGAGAAGGAGUCAAACGUUUGGAAGUUGAGGUUCGAGAAUUGCAACAAAGCUUUGACAGACUUGUUGGAGGAGAGGAGCGAAAAGGGCAAAGAGUACAAUGUUUUUGUGGUGACCAUCCACAAGCUGGAGAAGUUGUGUCGAGCUCUUCAGGAUGAGAGAAAAGUUCUGUAUGCUAAAAUCAAAGAUGUCCGCCGGGCCAAUGUCGAGACCUCCCCCAAGGCGUCAUCUGCGCAGGAAAACCACGACGACGGCAACAGUGUGAUGACUGAGGAGAUGCGCCGUCUGAGGGCCGAGCAAGUCAAACUGCAGGAAUUUGCAGAGUCCUUGAUGGCGUCUCACGGAGCCAGACAGGAACAGGAAGCGGACCCGUCGGAUCUGGACGAUGACCUUGUCACGAUGCCCUUUGGACGUUUCCACAAAACUCAACAACCACAAGAGCCGAACCACCAAUCACAACCAGAAGUAAAACCAGAACCAGAAUCAAAACAAGAACAACAGUCAAAACCAAAAUCAGAGUCAAAACCAGAAGUUAAAUCAGAACCAGAAGUGAAACCAGAACAACAAUCAAAAUCAAAGCCAGAAGCCGAAUCAAAACCAAAAAUAAAACCCAACUCGGGAUCUUCUUCGCAGGUCAUGACUGACGUCAAAGUAUUGACCUCUACAGAUAACCUCCAGCGUGACGCCCCGCCCACCUCGGAAAACACGCCCUCUCCACUGGUACCCCCCAAGAAGGAAACCAAGAAGAAGAAGAAGAAGAAGAAGAGCAACAACAGGAACAUCUGAGCAUCUUUGCACACGUGAGGCUGCAAUGUGUCGGAAUUUCCGCUGGAAGGCGCUGUUGUACUGAGCAACGGAAGGCUGCUUGGCUGCCUGAGGAAAAAGAGAUUCUUCUUCUCCUAACUUUAAUUUGAAAAUCAUUCAAAGAUAAGAUGUUGAAAUUAAAAAUUCAUCUUAAUAAAACAUUUUAUUUCUUUGA